AUGGGGGUUAUGUCUACCGAUGCGACCUUACAAAUAUGCGCAGGGUCCAAUAACAAGGCGCCUGGGAACACUGAGAAAUUUCGCGAAGAGCUUGCUCCUUAUAUCAAGGUUGAUCAAGUCCCGAGGGUUGUGGAGACAAAGAAAGCCAUGUACAAGGCCCGAGCCCUUGAGUAUUUUCGCCAGAAGCAGAGGUUGACCAGGGAUGACUGGGUAUUGCACCUGGAUGAGGAAUCUCAGAUUGACGAAAGUGUCAUUAAGACGUGUUUAGACUUCAUUGAGAGGGGUCACGCAGAUUUCGGAAUUGGAACGAUUUUCUAUACUUCGGCCAAUCAUUGGAGAAACGCAUUUCUUUCGGCAGCAGAAGUCGGUCGCCUUGCAGAGGAUUUUGGGCAGUUUCAACUACCCGUGCGGUACUUAAAUAGGCCACUUUUAGGUUGGAUACACGGAUCUUGGAUCUUAAUCAACGGCGAAGUUGAAAAUACAGUCACAUGGGACACAGACUGCAUAUCGGAAGACUUUUGGUUCGGUUAUCAGGCUGCAUCGCAAAAAUUCCAGUUCGACUGGUUGCAUGCAGUUGUCCUUGAGCAACCUCCUUUCAGUCUCGAUGAUUUUUGGAAUCAACGACGACGCUGGUAUACCGGAAUUCUUUCAAUUGACAGUAUUUUGGUAAAGAUCGCCAUGGUUGCUUCAGUAGCAGGCGGACUUGGCUUUUGGAUGUUGUGA